CUGCGCCUGCGCAGUGGGGUCGGGCGCUCGCGGGACCGGAGCUUCGGUGAGGGUCGCGACCUGAGCGCCGGAUGGCGAAGCCCCGGGCGGAGUCGGAGCCCCUGCUGCGCCGGGCCCGCGGCGGCAGCGGUGACUGCCCGGCGGGGCUGACCACUUGCCGCAGCGUCCAAGCCAGUCCUGGUGCUGCUGCCAGGUGGGGCCUCUGCAUUGACCAGGCUGUGGUCUUCGUCGAAGACGCGAUUAAGUACCGCUCCAUCAACCACCGCAUGGACACCCGCUCGCUGUGGCUUUACCGAUGCUAUUACUCGAACCUGUGCCAACGGACUUUGAGCUUCACCAUUUACUUGAUCCUGUCUUUGGCUUUUAUUGAGACCCCAUCUUCGCUCAGUAGAACAGCGGAUGUGCGCUACCGCUCCCCGGCCUGGGAGCCUCCGUGCGGCCUGACGGAGAGCGUGGAGGUGCUCUGCCUGCUGGUCUUCGUGGCCGACCUCUCCGUGAAGGGCUACCUGUUUGGGCAGGCCAAUUUCCAGAAGAACCUCUGGCUGCUGGGCUACCUCGGGGUGCUGGUCGUGUCUCUGAUAGACUGGACCGUGUCCGUGAGUCUCCUUUGUCGGGAGCCCUUGCGCGUCCGCCGGCUCCUGCGCCCCUUCUUCCUGCUGCAGAACUCCUCCAUGAUGAAGAAGACCUUGAAGUGCCUCAGGUGGUCGCUGCCGCAGAUGGCCAGCGUCGGACUGCUGCUGGCAAUUCACCUGUGUCUCUUCACCAUGUUUGGGAUGCUGCUGUUCGCUGGCGAGAAGGACGACGGGCAGAACAGGGAGAGGAUGACCUACUUCCGGAACCUGCCAGAUGCUCUGACUUCGCUCCUGGUGCUGCUGACCACCGCCAACAACCCUGAUGUGAUGAUUCCGGCGUAUUCCAGGAACCGGGCCUAUGCCAUCUUCUUCAUAGUCUUCACCCUGAUAGGAAGCUUGUUUUUGAUGAACCUGCUGACGGCCAUCAUCUACAGCCAGUUCCGCGGCUACCUGAUGCAAUCUCUCCAGACCUCGCUGUUUCGGAGGCGGCUGGGGACCCGGGCUGCCUACGAAGUCCUCUCCUCCACGUCUGGAGACGGAGGAGCUUCCCCUCGGGGAGUUGGAGUGAAGCCCCAAAACUUACUAGAUGUGCUUCAGAAAGUGCAGCUGAACAGCUUCCAAAAGCAGGCCCUCAUAGAGAAGGUGCGCUCCUACGGAGACGUCCCCCUGUCGGCCAGCGAGUUUCAGAGGAUCUUCCACGAGCUUGACAAAACUCUGGUUAAAGAGCACCCGCCGAGGCCCGAGUACCAGUCUCCGUUUCUGCAGAGCGCCCAGUUCCUCUUUGGCCACUAUUACUUUGACUACCUGGGGAACUUCGUUGCCCUGGGAAACGUCGUAUCCAUUUGCGUGUUCCUGGUGCUGGAUGCGGACGUGCUGCCCGGUGACCGGGAUGACUUCAUCCUGGGGAUUCUCAACUGCAUCUUCAUCCUGUACUACCUGCUGGAGAUGCUGCUCAAGGUCUUUGCUCUGGGCCUGCAGGGCUACCUGUCCUACCCCAGCAACGUGUUUGACGGGCUCCUCACCACAGUCCUGCUGGUUUUGGAGAUGUCAACUCUGGCUGUGUACCGAUUCCCACACCCAGGCUGGAGGCCACAGAUGCAGGGCCUGCUGUCGCUGUGGGACAUGGCCCGGCUGCUGAACAUGCUCAUCGUGUUCCGGUUCCUGCGCAUCAUCCCAAACAUGAAGCCGAUGGCUGUGGUGGCCAGUACCGUCUUGGGCCUGGUGCAGAACAUGCGGGCGUUUGGCGGGAUCCUGGUGGUGGUCUACUACGUGUUUGCCAUCAUCGGGAUCAACUUGUUUCGUGGUGUUAUUGUGGCUCCUCCUGGAAAUAGCAGCCUGACCCCUGCCAAUGGCUCGGUGCCCUGCGGGAGCUUCGAGCAGCUGGAGUACUGGGCCAACAACUUCGAUGACUUUGCUGCCGCCCUGAUCACACUGUGGAACGUGAUGGUGGUGAACAACUGGCAGGUGUUCCUGGAUGCGUAUCAGCGCUACUCGGGCCCGUGGUCCAAGAUCUAUUUUGUGUCGUGGUGGCUGGUGUCAUCUGUCAUCUGGGUCAACCUGUUCCUGGCUCUGAUUUUGGAGAAUUUCCUUCAUAAGUGGGACCCCCAAAGUCACCUACAGCCCCUUGCUGGGACUGAGGAAGCCACCUACCAGAUGUCCGUGGAGCUCAUGUUCAGGGACAUCCUGGAGGAGCCCAAGGAGGAGGAGCUGAUGGAGAGGCUGAGCCGUCACCCGUACCUGCAGCUGUGCAGGUGACAUCCGGGUUGCCUUCCCGGCUGGGUGGCAGGAGAGAGAUGCUGGCCUACGGCAGGUGCUGGUCACAGAGGAGGCGGCUGGGCUGUGGCCAAGCAGGAAGAGACCUUUCCUUUGACAGACCACUUAGCUGGGGACAGGCAGAGCCUGGGGACCAGGAACCAAGUCCUUCGUGUGCUGCCCAACAGAACCUCUACGGAACAGCUGCUGGCGCUUCAGGGCAGAGUCGCACCAUGCCGGUUUCUUCUAUAAGCUGCUUCAGUGAGACUGUCACUUUUUUAAAUAAGCAAAGAGGUGACUCUACAGGGGCCUUUAAGACGGUUUGGAAAGCAAGAAGCAGUGGCCUUCCCCGUGUGCCCUGCGGCUUCUGUGGUGCCUUUGCUGCUGGUGGCCUUCAGGGACCACAGGCCCACCCGGGGCCUGCACAGGUUAACCAGCCGAUUUCCAGGACAUUAAGGUUGGGUUGCUGGGGGUUUUACACGAAGAGAAUGUUGACUGCGUCUUACUUAAUGGCUUGUAUGAAUGUGAUUGGGUGUGUUUCUUUAGGGGUCAGAAUGAUAAUAAUUUUCAUCAAUAAGUUAUAUAAAGAAUGGGAUUGUCAUUCUUACUUUAA